UUACUCAUUAUUGUGAGGCGUGACUUAGCAGAGAGACAGAGCUGCCAACCAGGGCUCGUGUGGGGUGGGGAGGCGGGGCACUCCCGGUGCGAAUGCGCAUGCGCAUGCAUCCCAGAACCGGAAGCACCGCGGGGCCCAGCAUGGCGGCGGCAACAGAAAGUGUCCCCGCGACCCAACGGGAGGAGCCGGUUCGAGACGAUGCCGCCGUGGAGACAGCUGAGGAAGCCAAGGAGCCCGCUGAGGCUGACAUCACCGAGCUCUGCCGGGACAUGUUCUCCAAAAUGGCAACUUACCUGACUGGGGAACUGACGGCCACCAGCGAAGACUAUAAGCUCCUGGAAAAUAUGAAUAAACUAACCAGCCUGAAAUAUCUUGAAAUGAAAGAUAUCGCUAUAAACAUUAGUAGAAACUUAAAGGACUUAAACCAGAAGUAUGCUGAACUGCAGCCUUAUCUGGAUCAGAUCAAUGUAAUUGAGGAGCAGGUAGCAGCUCUUGAGCAGGCAGCCUACAAGUUGGAUGCAUAUUCAAAAAAACUGGAAGCCAAGUACAAGAAGCUGGAAAAGCGAUGAAAAAUUUAUUCCUGUGGAACAAAGUCUUUUUUAAUGUGGAAGAAUAUUUUAUAAGACCUGAAUCCUGAGGCUGAAGACUUGUCAAAACUCCUCAAAAGGAAGCCGUGCUGGCCAUCCCAGAAACAUCUCACCGUUGGAGUAAACUAGAGGACUGUGGCUACUCCUGCACUUCUCUUGGGGCAGAAUCCCUCAGAAACUCACACUUAUAACCCCUUACCUUUUACUUGAAUGCUUCAUUAUCCGUUCAGCACAAAGAGUCUCUUAAAGUUCAGGAUAAACCUGGGCUUGCUAGUUGAAUCAAAUGAGAGGCCCUGUUUUCUCUACAUUAUUUUCUUAAGUGGCUGGAUUUUGAGUUACUGUGUAAAUGGUUGUUUUUUCUCUUAAUGAUGUUACUGUAUUGCUAACAAGAUUAAAAAAAGAAAAUAAAACAAACCUGUUCUUUAUCACC